UGGGAAGAAAGAACAUUCUUUGUUUGUUCUUUUGUAUGCUAGGCAUACUAGCUUGUUUUGUCACAAGCAAUGUCAUUCGGUCGGAUGUUGAUUGCCUACGCUCCAUUCAUGAAUCAUUGGAAGACCCUUGACACGAGCUAUCUUCAUGGAAUUUUAACAACAAUACUCGAGGUUUCAUAUGUUACUUUUCUGGCGUUACGUGUUGGAACGACCAAGAGGGCAAGGUUAUUUCGGUUACUCUACGAGACAUGGGACUCCGAGGAUCAUUUCCAAUGGGCUUAAGAAGCUGUACCUCCAUGCAACAUCUAGAUCUUUCUGGAAACUACCUCUCGGGAUCCAUCCCUUCUAAUCUAGCAAAGGACUUACCAUAUAUAGUGUCUCUCUAUCUCUCUAAUAAUAAUCUAUCAGGUCCAAUUCCACCAAGCUUUGCCAACUUUAAUUUCAUUAAUGUUUUGAGGCUUGAUAACAACCACCUAACCGGCGAAAUACCUUCUGAAUUUUCUAAACUUCCACGCUUACAUGAAUUUAGUAUAGCUAACAAUCGCCUGUCAGGACCCGUACCCAUAUUACCCUAUUGUAAAUCCUUUCCAAAAAACUAUGCAAACAACAUUGGGCUUUGUGGAGGUCCCUUAGAUCGUUGCAAGAAGGAAGACGACGAAGAUCAUUUUUUCUCAGGGUUGGCUGUUGGAUUACUAGUUUCUACUACCUUAACUACGUUGCUUAUGUUAUUUCGUUUGCAUAGAUCUUCUAUGAUCAACAUGAGAUCUUAUCUUUCCACAAUCAAGAAAAUUAGGGGAAUGAAACAUCACUUUAUUCCGCGAAGAUCACAAAUCCUAUUUAUAGAGGAAAACAUAACCGAAGAAAGCAAGAUAAUUGCCAUGGAAAAGUAUGUUUGUCGACUGAGUUUGAUGGAACUUGAGAUAGCAACCAAUGAUUUUGACCAUAAAAAAGUAAUUGGCUAUGGAAACAUGGGACUCAUGUACAAAGCUAAGUUUCUAAACGGUCUAACACUUGCAGUCAAGAGGCUUCAUAAGUUCGAAAGCUUUGAGAAAGAGUUCCUAUUAGAAAUAGAAAUUUUAGGAAGAUUGCGGCACACAAAUUUGGUACCACUUUUAGGUUUUUGCUAUGAAAUGGAGAAAAAAUUUCUAAUAUACAAAUACAUGUCUAAUGGAAACCUACAUCAAUGGCUACACACAAGGCCCCAAGUAGAAGGUAAGAAGAUGGGAUGGACUAUGAGGUUGAGGAUCGCGGUAGGGAUAGCACGAGGACUUGCAUGGUUGCAUCAUAACAACGUUCUUCGUGUAGCUCAUCUCAAAAUGAACUCAAAUUGUAUUUUACUUGAUGAUAAGUUUGAACCCAAGAUAUCAAAUUUUGGCGAUUCAAAUAUAUUAAUGAAUACAAGCGGCACCCCUUCUAGUGCUUGCAAUUUUGUGGUACCACAUUCUAGUCCCGCUCCUUAUAAAGAGGAUGUUUAUAGCUUUGGGCUUUUGUUGCUUGAGUUGGUUUCUGGAAGAGAAAGGCGAUCUGAAGGCUACAACUCCUCGUGUGAUAAUGUAUGCGAUUGGGAAAUAUUCAAUAUGAUUGACGGAUGCUUAAUGGGACAAGGAUUCAAUGAGGAAAUAUAUGAAACACUUAGAAUAGCAGAAAGCUGCAUUGAAACACACAAAGGUGGAGGAACAAGCAUGCUUCAAGUGUAUCAAGCAAUUCGUGUUGUUGGAAAAUCACGAAAUGAAAAUUCUACAAACUUAUUUUUGGAUGUUGAAGAUCGCGAAGGCAACACAUAGCAUCACUCUUGCAAGUGUUUGGGAUUGCUUAAUAUUAAACGUUUAUAUGCUUAUUGAUUUUUAUCUAACUUCAAAUACUUGUCAAUACUCUGCCCUAUACAUAUGAGAAUCUUAUAUCGAAUUGGCCUUCAACACACAAA